AUACGAGUCUAUCUAUUGUUUCGCGGCUAAGAAUGGAAAGAAUGAAGCGAAUCUCGCAUGGGGUGGUCGAUGACCGGAUUUAAUAGAAGAAAGUAUUUAUUUCUUUUUUUACGUUUUCUUUUAAUCUUAUAUUAUAAUUAACCUCUACGAUUCCUUACGCGUAUCGAACAUCUUUUGCAUGCAAGUAAAGAGCGCUUUUUUAGAAAAAUGGAACGUGAAAAAGUAUCUGCUAUAAAAAUUUUGCCUGUUUCCUUCUCGUAAAAUUUUAAGGGUAAAAUUGCAAAAUCCGGCUCCUUAGUGCAGUAAAGAAUUAUGCAAAGAAUAUUUUGCAAAUAAAGAUGCAUUUUUGCACAUUUUGGGAACCCAAACAUCUGUUAUCCCUGCCUCUCCCGACCAUAUGUUAUAAAAUAAAUAAGCAUCGCCGAAGCUUAUUAACUUUCCGCUAGAAUUUUUAAAAAUCAUGAUCGGCGUAUUCGGUGUUUACUCAUAACCCUAAAGUUUUAUUUAUUUAGGCAUAAUGAUUCUAUGUAUUUAAGCAUGAUUAAGCUAUUCUUCAUCGGUCUGGAUUGAAAUUCAAUCUUUAGCGCCACGUGUACAGAACGGUGCUAUUAUCAGCUGAAUGUUAAUAGCCAUUUUUAAAUUAACGCGAUAAAUUUUGAAUAAACAAGCAUUUAAUUUAUGCGCGUACAUGCGCGUCUCACAGGCAGGAGAUUCAUUUAUGGCGUUUACAUACGACAUCCAGAAAAGUAUGUUUAAAUAAUGAUAAAAUUAUCGUUUAUCGUGAUGUAGUUCUUAAACAGUUUGUCAGUUGAGAAAGCGUCGAACCGAUCAAAAGAGGUAUAGCGCAGUAAAAGGUUUAAUGUAAAAUGGAAACGGCGGAAAUUGACAAUGAACGAACUCAUACUCGUUCUAUAAAAUUACCAACAGCAGUGGAAGUGUUUGCAAAUUUAAAAAAUGCCCAAAAAUUCGCAAUUGACAUUGGCUUAUCAUUGACAAAAAUAGCUUACUAUUCAACGGUUAGUUACCGUAAAGCAUUGUAUGAGGAUACAGGAUUAGGAAAUAGUGGAGAACGUGCAUAUAAAGUACACGAAGGAAAUAGACUUCACUUUGUUAAAUUUGAAACAAGAUACAUUGAAAAUUGUUUGGAUUUUGUGAAAGAGAAUUUAGUGAAUGUUGAACGGUUUCAAGGUAAAAGUAUUAAAGUAACUGGCGGAGGAGCAUACAAAUAUACUCCUUUACUGCAAGAAAAAUUAGGCUUAACAGUCGAUAAAGAAGAUGAAAUGACAUGUUUAAUAAAAGGUUGCAAUUUUUUACUCAAGAAUAUCCCGUGUGAAGCUUUCGAGUUUGAAAGACACGGUAAUCCUGAAUAUAAAUUUCAAAAGGCUGAUCCUCAUAUAUUUCCAUAUAUGUUAGUAAAUAUUGGUAGCGGCGUCAGUAUUCUUAAAGUGGAGUCUGAAAAAGUAUUUGAAAGAGUUGGUGGAACAGCUACAGGAGGAGGAACAUUCUGGGGACUAGGUUCUUUGCUCACAAAAAGAAAGGGCUUUGAUGAAUUACUGCAACUUGCAGAACGUGGAGAUCAUCGUAAUGUUGAUAUGUUGGUAAAAGAUAUGUAUGGGGGUGAUUAUUCCUCUCAAGGAUUACCUGGAGACCUUAUUGCAGCUUCUUUUGGCAAAGCAGUGUUUUAUAAUGGUCAACCUACAUUUUCUGAAGCAGAUCUUGCGAGGAGUCUUUUACUUACAAUCAGUAAUGAUAUUGGACAAAUAGCUAGUUUGUAUGCAACUGUACAUAAAAUGGAUAGAGUUUAUUUUGGUGGUUACUUUUUACGUAAUCAUCCUUUGUCAAUGCAUACCAUUUCAUAUUCCAUCAAAUAUUGGUCAAAUGGCAAAGUAAAACCUCUAUUUCUUCGUCACGAGGGCUAUCUUGGUGCGAUCGGAGCAUUUUUAUAUGGUGCUGAACAGUCCAACGAAUAUAGUUGGUUAGAAAACUAUGCAGGAUCAUCAGGUUUCAAAGAUUCGAUAUCCACUAAUCUCGGAAUUAAAGUUGCUCAGUUGGAAAUUGAUCAGGCUGAAAAUGCUGUUACAUUUUGUCCUCUUUUAAAAGAUCCUGCAUCUUACAAUCCUGAUACAACAGACCUUGCUCAAGAUAAAGAAGCUAGAGAUUACUGGCUGCAGUGUUUCGAAGAAUCUGUAGAUAAAUUUGUAGCAAGAGCUAUACACAGUCAGCCACAUAGUCCAACUGCAAAAGAUAGAGCAACGAAGUUGAAGGAAAAAUAUGUUAAUAGACUGCAUUAUCUGCAUCUUCAACCAUUUGCUUAUGGAACACUCACUGUGAGAGUAUUAUUAGACACUAUUGAACACUGUAUGAAAGAAUUCGAUUUUCCUGAUCCUUAUUUGCACCAAAAAAAGCAGGAGAACGAAGAAGCUUUAAAGCAUUUAAAACAGCGUAUAACCCUUAUCGAUAAUUUAGAAGGGGCAGAAAAAAUAAAAGCUUUAAUACUCGGAGUAUUAAGUGGUAAUAUGUUUGACUGGGGUGCGAAAGCUGUCGCAACUUUGAUGGAAACCACGGACUUUGGUUUUGCCGAAGCUCAAGCAAAAAUACCGGGUAGACCUUGGUUACAAGACGACUUGGAUGAUUGGAUAGAUAGACUGGAAACGGGACCACCUCAUAAGUGUGCUGCUAUUUUUGUUGACAAUAGUGGAGUUGACAUAGUACUAGGAAUUUUACCAUUUGCACGAGAUUUAUUACUACGAGGAACAAAGGUUAUUCUGUGUGCUAAUUCUAUGCCAGCAUUGAAUGAUGUGACAUAUCCAGAGUUAGUUGUAACGUUACGGGACGCUGCAAAAAUAUGUAAAGUCAUCAGACAUGCUAUUAAGGACAACAGACUGAUUGCUAUGGAAACAGCUCAAGCUGGUCCUUGCCUGGAUUUAAGCCGAUUAAGUUUGGACUUAUGUCUCGCUAUGGUGAAACAUAACGUUGAUCUCGUCGUACUCGAGGGUAUGGGUAGGACUGUUCAUACCAAUCUUUAUUCAAAAAUGACUUGCGAAUGUUUGAAGUUAGCGGUGAUUAAAAAUCGGUGGUUAGCCCUUCGAUUGGGUGGCGAUAUGUAUUCUGUAAUAUGUAAAUACGAACGAGCACCGGAGAAAAUGAACAUUUACGAUAUAGCAAUGAAACCAACGGAAUGUCCACAAGAGUGUGUAGAGAGAGUGACGGAUAUUUGCACCUGUGACGUUAAAAAUAAAUAAGUAAACUGAACUGAAAAAUCAUACAUAAAAAAGUAUUUCUUUACUUACGUUUAGAUGUAUAUACAUAUGUAAAUGAAAAAAGAAUUUAAGUACUACAUUUUAGAAUUUCAUAUGACAAUUUAUGUAUAUUGUACAAAAACUUUUAAAUACUUUUACAAAAUUUAUCGUUAUUUUUCCGACAUUACAAAGAAACAACUAUGAAAGAAAAGGAAGGAAACUUGGUUGAUUGCAUCAUAUAUUUUGCGAAAUGCUAAAUGAGAUUGAUUAAAAUGAAGAUUUACAUACAAUUUGGCUAUUUUAAAUUUACAGUACGAAUCGAGAGUAUGGAAUGUUGAAUGUUACUGGAUUAUUCAAGUUUGACAAACUAGCCUACUUGUUAUUCAAGUAUAAAAGCUUUAGCGUUCCGAUACAUGGAUAAAUCAUGACUAACACUUAGUCGAAGACAAUAAGAUUAUUUUUUCUGUAAUUUAAAGAGGUUACCGUAGUUUAAAGGAUAAGUGAUGCGAUCAAUUAUAACAAAGAUAUGUAUCAUAUAAUAUUGUAUAAUAUAUCUUCUGUGAUAAUGUAAUAUUCAAAAAGAAAGUUACAUAUACGUGAUAAAUUAAAACAGUAAAUUGGAACAGUAUAAUAGAGUAUAAAAAUCAAAUAUUUUAAGUUGGCACCUUCUGAUCACGAGAUAUUUUGUACAGAUCUGUCGCUUCACGUCAAAUUAAACAGUGUGAAACAGCGUUUCUUUCAGCAUAAUAAAUUCAAGUAUAUGUCUCGAA